UUUUCUACAUUCUGCCAAUGAACUACAACACCCAAAAUGCACUUCACCAAAACCCGGAUUUCCGGUGAGGUAUAAGGAGGGAAAAUCUAAACAUUCUGUCAACCCCCUUGCUAGCUACUUCUUUCUGUCGCCUACAGGUGUAUUUGAAGCGACAUUCUAGAGCGAGAAAAUGCAGAGGACAUCACGUCUGAAGCGCGAGUUACAGCUGCUUAGCAUGGAGCCUUCACCGGGGAUCACUUGCUGGCAGACCGAGGGGAAGAUGGACGAGCUCCGGGCCCAAAUAGUGGGCGGAGCUGAGACUCCGUUUGAAGGAGGAGUCUUCUCACUGGAGAUCAUAGUUCCAGACAGGUAUCCCUUUGAGCCGCCUAAGAUGAGAUUCCUGACCCCUAUCUACCACCCCAACAUAGACAACAAUGGUCGCAUCUGUCACGACGCCCUCAAACUACCACCCAGGGGUGCGUGGAAACCUUCCCUGAACAUCUCCACAGUGCUCACCUCCAUACAGCUGCUGAUGGCUGAACCCAACCUUGACGACCCACUCAUGGCUGACAUAUCAUCAGAGUUGAAGUACAGCAAGCAGGUAUAUCUGCAGAAGGCCAAGAGUUGGACAGAGAAACACGCUGUACAGAACAACAAGGGUGGUGUGGUGGAGACCGUGGACAGUGCCGAAGCUCAGGUCCAGCCGCCGGCCCUCAAGAGAGAAGCUCAGGACAAGACAGAGGAACACCCCAAGAGAGAAGCUCAGGUCCAGCUGCCGGCCCUCAAGAGAGAAGCUCAGGACAAGACAGAGGAACACCCCAAGAGAACGUGUCUGUAGACACGUCACACGUUUUGUCCCGUUGUGUUGGGAACAGUAAUUACUUCAUUUAGUCUUUAAGUGAUUGAGAUUUUCCCUUUUUAUAUAGUUACGUACAGACUAAGGCUGGGAUUCAUUCAUAGCAAUGUUUAGGCAGUGUCUUUAUUUACAGUGUUCAGCUCGCAUACCUGUUGAGAGGGGUCGACCUGGUAGUAGUAGUCGGUUUUAAUACAGUUCCCAGGUCCAAUAUGGGACUGUUGGAAAAAGAGCUGCUGUGGAAAUGUCAUGCUGCUUACUCCAAUUAGAUUCUUCUUUUCUUAUUAAAAUAUGUUUUGAAGCUAA